AUGGCCUCCGUCACCUCGCCUUCCGCGACGGCAGCGGAGCAGGCGGCUGUCGCACAGCAAGAGUCGCUCGAGGAAGCAUAUGUUCGGCUUAGCACGCAGCUGCUGCUGCACCUGCAGCGUCGCAACACCGCCGCAGCGCUGCGCACGGCGGAAAUCAUGCGCGACGUCCUUCUUAGCGCGCUGUCAUCGACCGCACAAGGCAGUGACGGCCCAGGCCGUGGUGGCGGAGUCGUGGCCCCGUCAUCUGGCGCAGACCUCUUUCACGGCAGCCCGGCCGAGCGGUUGUUGCAACUGCGAGACCAGCUCAAGACGUUGGCGUCCGCGGAGUCGACACGCAUGAGCGGCGAUGCCGGCUUGCAUGAAGCCAGCGGGUCGCAGUCGGCGUCAUCAGAGAUGAGCAGCGGCAGCAGCACCGUCGAAUCGGGCCGCGAUGACGACGAGACGGAUGACGAUGCAGAAGAAAUAGAAGAAGUAACGAUGGUGGGCUGCAGUAGUGGCCCACAGCAGCGGCAGCAGCAGCAGCAGCAAGCAGCUGCCCACCUCCUCGUGGAGGCGCUGCAAUCGUGGUCGGAAGCAUCCAUGAAAGCCGUUUGUGCUUCUCCAGCUGCCGCCCCUUCUGUUGUUAGUGUUGUGGCUUCGGCAGCCUCCUCAUCAGCGAAAGCGCUGGCAACGAAGGGUGCGAGUAAACCCGGUGCACCUCAACCCCGCCCCCCGCCACCACGCCACAAGGUACAUAAGAAAGGCAAAGCCAACACAACUGUGGAAGAGGCGUGUCGAGGCCCGACGAUGCCGAGCGCAUCAUCGCCGUCACCGCCGCUACCCGGAGAAGGGGCCGCUUGCAACGAAGACGACGAGGGUCUCGACGCGGAAGCGGAUGCGGUGUGGGUGCGGAUGCAGGUCCAGGUGGUAAGGGAGAUGGAUCGGCUUGCCAUAGUGCGCAAGCACCGGUAA